AUUAAUUUAUUGAUUUUUCGAGAUUCUCAACUGAGGAAGUAGGUAGUGUGAAGGCGGCAAUUGCAUCGCCAUUGACAGCCUCAACAUAAGAUGUCGACAUCUACAGUUAUUAGGCCUGCAGUCCGCACUCUACUACAACUGCGAAAAGCAGGAAGCACACCCCCAGCAUUCCUCCUUCCAUGUCUACAAAGCUCCUCCACAACUUCAUCAUGCACUCAAUCCACCUCCUUCUCUACCAGCAGCACAUACUUAUACCCACGGGAUAUGAACCGUUUGCGUGGAGUAUCUACACAACGACGAACAGGGCCGCGCCAACCCCUCUCAGUAUCCAAUGCGAAAUUGCCUAAACCCGUCUUAGAUGAAUCGAAACGGAACAAAGUUAAGGUUGAUGAGGAUCACGGAUUAUACGAAUUUUUCAGACAUAAGGAUAAGGCACUCAGUACGCCAGCUGAGGAGGGAAACCAUGGGAGGCCAUGGAGUGCGGAGGAGUUGAGGGGAAAGAGUUGGGAGGAUUUACAUUCACUUUGGUGGAUUUGCUGCAAGGAGAGGAAUCGCAUUGCUACGGAAAGUUACGAGAGGGACAGGUUGGAGGCGGGCUAUGGUGAGGAGGAUUCGGAGAAGAGGGAUAUGACUGUGAGUUUUGAUUUCGGUUUACAUCUUGUUUGGCUCAUGUGCCGCGCAAUUCAAUAAUUAUACGGAAACUAACAUGGAGGAUUUAAAGGUUCGAAGAACACAAAGAGCUAUCAAACAGGUUUUGACCGAGAGGUACUAUUCUUGGCAAGAAGCCCAGGUUGUUGCAAAGGAUGAUCCAGAAAUCGAUCUUUCAGGUCAAGGGCCAAUAUAUACCCCUAGAGAUUUCGAGGAAGAUAUUGAGGAAGAAGUUUUAGCUGAAGGCGAAGGGGAGGCAGAGCAAAAGCCUGCUCAAAUCACAGCUUAGGUCAUGGAGGACGUAUGAUACAAAAUCAUAUCCCUAGGUCAAGAAUAAUGAGUCUCGGGGAGUGAUAGAUGUCUCCCAAUUUGGCAUGAACUAUUUAGGUUGCUACAACCAUCAUCAUCUGUAUAAGUAGAAACGCAUAUGGGGCAACACGGUUAUGGCCGCACUAUGCGUUUAUGUGACUCUGAAAAAAUGAUCAUCUUCUGUCUAGAACAAAUGAAGAGUGUUUUGGUAAAAGCCAAGUCUUUCGUUAGUUGGUACUUAUAGGAAGAUAUCAAAAUGGUUCAAUAGAAAUGACACCCAGUAGAAUACCAGUCAAGAUUCAGAUACUCCAUACCAAAUACAUAUAUCAAUUUGUCAAAG